GGGUUUCUCUCUCAAAAUCACAUCAUCCAAAACUCUCUACUUUUUUCAACUUACUUUAAUAUCUGCUGUGCGCAAGUGACAUCAAAGACUCUUAUCUUUCUCUCCCUCUCUCUUAUCAUUUCUUCCCGAGCCCUUUUGAGUAAGAUUAUGGAGGAAAGCCAACAACUUGCGUUGACCCAGUUCAGAAAAUCGGUUGAGAAACUCUCUUCUUCCACAGAGGGAUAUGAAGUGCCGACGUUGAUGAGGUUUUUGGUUGCAAGAUCAAUGAAUCCAGACAAGGCAGCAAAGAUGUUUGUAGAUUGGCAAAAAUGGAGAGCCUCCAUGGUCCCUCCAAAUGGGAUCCCAGACUCAGAAGUGAAGGAUGAGUUGGAAUUCAAAAGGAUCUAUCUUCAGGGUCUUACCAAAUUCGGACAACCUUUGGUACUUUGCCAGGUCUCCAAGCAUUUUCCUGCCAAGGAUCCAGUUACCUUCAAGAAGUUCGUUGUUCAUGUGCUAGACAAAACAAUAGCAAGUGGCAUCAAAGGCAAAGAAGUAGGAGAUGAGAAGUUAGUAGCCGUUAUCGAUCUGUCAAACAUUACUUACAAGAACCUUGAUGCUCGUGGAUUUAUCACCGGCUUUCAGUUCUUACAAUCUUACUACCCGGAACGCCUUGCCAAAUGUUACAUCUUGCAUAUGCCUGGAUUCUUCUUGACCGUUUGGAGAUUCAUCUGCCGUUUUCUAGAGAAAGAUACUCAGGAAAAGAUUGUGAUAGUAACGGACGAAGAAGAAGAGAGAAAGUUCAAGGAGGAGAUCGGAGUAGAUGUCUUGCCAGAGGAAUAUGGUGGCAAAGUUAAGCUCACACUAAUCCAAGAUGUUUUUCUUUCCUAAGACGUCUCCAUAAAUGUUAAUAAUAUUAAUAUUUGACUAUUCUAACACUAAACCCUGCAUCAAUCCCUAUUAUUAAUUUAUGUAUUGUUUUGUUGUU